GCAUAGCUCUACCGUACUAAACGAUAGAUGGUUUUUAUUAUGUGGGGGUUAUAACCUAUCCUGGUAUCAAAAGUCAAGCCUCUUGGAUAUAUAUGCCUAUGAUAUCAAUUUAAACACGUGGUCAUGCUUAAACGUAUACGGAAUGCUCCUUGUAACCCACCACUUUUAUGGAAAUAUAAUUCAAGUUGACGAUAGUGGUUACUUUUUCAUUUUUGGAGGUUUGAGAAAUAAUGAAGCCUCUUCCAAAAUAUAUAAAUUCACCCCCUUGUUACCCUCAUACUACUUCAAAGUUUUGAAAAAUAAAAUAGACGAUAUAAACAACAAAGUACACUAUCUAGAGAACAAUCCAAGACGCAGCAUGAAUCCUAUAUUCAGCAAAGAAAUAGCUGAAAUAAGAUAUGCCUUAAGCGCAAUUUCUUUUACCAUUGUUCGAUAUGUGCAACUAAUAAAUGAUUUAAAUGAAAAAAUAAAAAUUUCAAACGAGCUUGUCAAGCGAAAUUAUUUAUCUAUAUUAGAAAAAAUGGAAUCUAACAGAAAGUACUAUGAUGAAUUAAACAACAGAAUUGAUGUUCUUGAUAAUUCAAUUAUGAACAAAACAUCCAAAAUAAAUCAGAAUAAUCAUAAUAAUAAUAAUAAUAAUAAUAAUAAUGGGGAUAUUUUGAAAAGUGAAGAAAUUGUUAAAAGUGACGAAAAUAUAAAAAAUGAAGAGAUAAUUAAAAGUGAUGAAAUCGUUAAAAGUGAUGAAAUCGUUAAAAGUGAUGAAAUCGUUAAAAGUGAUGAGAUUAUUAAAAAUGACGAGAUUAUUAAAAAUGACGAGUUAAUUAAAAAUAAGGAACAUAACAAAAAUAUAGACACUAAUAAAAACGAUGAGAAAAAUGAAAAACAAGAAGAAAGCAUCACCAAUGAUGACCUUUCAAAUAAACAACAAAAUGUAAUCAAUUAA